AUGGGCCUUCAGUCGAAGAGGGACCAGAGGGAAUGGUGGUCGACGGACCCGUUGAUGUCCUCGUCGGUGUUCGCCAAGACGAUGACCAGGGACCGCUACGAUGCCCUGACCUCCGCGCUCCACUUCGCUGAUAACGAAGGGGAGCAUCCCGCGGAGGACAGGCUUUGGAAGCUGCGCCCUGUGUUAGACGUCUUGGAAUCGACGUAUCGAUCCGCCUUCGUCCCGAACAAGAACGUGACCGUCGACGAGAGCUUGUGGGCCUUCAAGGGGCGUCACCACGCCCUCCAGUACAAUCCGAGCAAGAGGGCUAGGAGAGGGCUGAAGGUCUACAAGCUUUGCUCGUCCGACGGUCCAGAGGCAGGGUAUACGGCGGCCUUCAAGAUCUACAUGGGGCAGGACCGCGGCGUAUUUCCAUCCAGCAUGAAGGCCGUCACCGACCUGCUGGAGAAGGCAGAUCUAUUCGACAAGGGGUACCAGUUAUACACCGACAACUGGUACACCUCCCCGACUCUCUUCCAUUACCUGCAGGCCAGGAAGACCAGUGCAGUUGGGACUGUGCGUCUCAACCGGCGUGGCAUGCCCUCGGACCUGCAGCAAGGUCGUUACCUGCCUCCCAACCGCCGAGGGGUGGAGAGGUCGAAGCCUGAAGUUGUCGUUGCCUACAACAACGGCAUGAAGGGCGUCGACCUCUCGGAUCAGCUGGCGCAGUCAUAUCCAACGACGAGGAAGACCGUCAAAUGGUAUAAGAAGAUUUUCUUCUACCUAUUGGAUAUGACUACGACCAACGCGCUGGCUAUCCACCGGGCCCUCGGCGGUAAACUUACUCAGUUUGAGUUCCGAAAGGAACUCGUUCGAGGAUUGCUGCAGCAAGGCGGUCCCCGUGGCUCCCUCCGGCGGAAUCCUCCUCAGGCUCGCCACGAGGAGGAGGUUCCCAGCAGGCACACUUGCCAGUUGACACACCGCAUCGUCGGUGGCGUCGGUGUGUGCUCUGCUGGAGGAACCACCGGCGCAGGAAGGAGACCAGGGUGAUGUGCAGUUGCUGCGGCACCUCACUUUGUCCAACACCCUGCUUUCAGGCCUUCCAUGCCUGAAGGUCGUUGGGCAACAGUUGUAAAUAGUGUAAAAUAUUUUAUGUACAUAGUUUCUAUGUAUUUAUUUAUUGAAAAAGAAAAAACACCGUGCUUUCAGGCAUUUCAUGCCUGAAGCUUGGAUAAAGGAAUAUUGUACAUAGUUUCUAUGUAUUUAUCAUUGAAAAUGGAAAACACCGUGCUUUCAGGCAUUUCAUGGCUGAAGAUAAUUUGAAAAUGACAAACUUUGAUAUUCUUUAUGUAAGUAAUGUGUAUAUAUACUAUACAUAUACUAUUUAUGCAUUUGUAUAUGAAAUUUUGAUAAAAAUAAAAUUGAAGUUUUACGCUAUGUUUCGAUCUCACGCAUAGACAAACCAUCGACU